CAGCGCGAAGAAAACAAUGACUUCGACGAACGAUAAAAUAGAGCAAUUUUGCUCAAUAACAGGUGCUGAUCAAGAAGUAGGUAGAAAUCUUCUAGAGGCCUGUAAUGGGAAUCUGGAGCUGGCUAUAGAUAUGCACAUGGACAGUGGAGGGGCUCCAGCCCCACCCCCAGCUGGACAGAGGGGGCCACGAUCUGUGCAAAGCAAGUCAUCAUCAACAAGGGGGGCCUCAGCAUCUGCUCCCAUUGAUGUAGAGUAAGUGAACAGAAAAUAUAAA